CCGGUAUGCUGGGUGCUAAACCAACAACUUUCACGUGAACGUAAAUCUCGGUUCACCUGUCGCCAGCACAGCCUUCGCUUAGGUCUGCGGCAUGUCGGCGGGCACGUUCGCUGCGUUCUCGCUCUUACUGCUUACGGCAACCUCCGCAACUGUUCCACCUCCAGAGAAUGUUACUGUGGACUGCCAAAAUUUUCAGCCGGUUGUCUACUGGAACUACAGUCAACAGCUCCCACAAACUGUCUUCGCUGUAAACAUCAGUGGAUCUGCAGGAUUUAAUGUUAGCACGACUACAGAACAUCAGCAUGACCUUACCAACUUCCUCUGGAAAUCCGAGCAGCAUUACCUGGACUUUCACGUUGUGAACGUAACAGCUGUACAAGGAGCCAGUAGGUCCAAAUCGGUUGAAUCGGAGACGUUCACGUAUAAUCAUUACAAAGAAGCUAAAGUAAAAUGUAUGUUGGAUUUUCCUCAAGUGGAGCUGUCCGUCAAGGAUUUGGAGGCCACUGUGAGCUUUCUCAACCCCUGUCACUUGAACAACCCGCUGAAAUGCUCAGGCCUGAAGGAUGUCUCUGUCUUUUAUUUCAGCGUUCUUUGUGAGGAUGUGGAGCUCAGUAGUUGGACGUGUACAACGAAUCAGAAGUUCUGCAAACGUAAUUUCUCACUGCAGAAGAAGUGCUGUGUUCGGCUAAGAGGACGGCUGUAUGACAGCAGCAGCAUAGAAAGCAUUUUGUUUAAAGAGACAAGUCCUAUCUGCGCCCGCGAGACAAGUGCUCUAGACAACCCUAUGAUGGUCUUGGUUAUUGUGGUGUCGGUCCUUGGCUUUGCAAUCCCCAUGAUACUUGUCAUCUACAAGGUGUGGGGGUAUUUAAAGCCCCGUCUUGAUCUACCAAAGAAUUUGACCUCAUGGUUUUCAUGCUCGCAGUUGAAUAUCCCCGUGCUCGUUGAGGUUGUGCCUCACGCCAGCACGGGGAAACUGGUGGCCAAGGAGCCCUACAGCAGCCUCAUGCUCUUCAACAAGGAGGAUGAUGCCAACGAUACUCCAACCGACAGCAGCGCAUCAGAUUUCUCAUCCACCCCCAGCCCCGGUUUUAUGUACUGGGAAGGCAGCCUAAUAGGAAGGACAUUACAGGAUGACGACAUGGAGGUUCAGCUGGGAAGGGAGAUGGAAGAGGGGGAGGAAGCUGCGACAUUUGGCUAUGAGCGGCGGGUGAGAAUUGUGGAUAUGGGCCACAAUAAUAUGGUAAAGUGCUACGGGUCAAGCUGAGCAUCAGCCCCAGACCCCAUUCCUUUGCCGGUGGUUUGAAAAAAGAAAAACACUAAGGGUUCAUACUCACACAUUAAACAUUAAUACCCUAGAGCUGGGCUACUUGCUUCUAUUGAACCCCUAUAUUCAAUUCACACAGGCCUGUUUUCCAUCCCCCACACCAGCCUGUGGACUUUUGGGGAUAGUGUGGCAGCCCCCACCCUUUGGAACUCUAUUCCAGCAGAGCCGUAACGCUGCUUCUUAGGGCAGUUUUAAAAGACUACUGAAAACCCACUUUUUACUCAGGCCUAUGGUCUGUAGUCUUUUAAUCUUUGUUUUAAUUUUCUUUUUGUGGGGGGGGGGGGGUCCUUGAAAGGCGCUAUACAAAAGUUUGUAUAUUGGGCAUCCGGGUGGCGUAGCGGUCUAUUCCGUUGCCUACUAACCCGGGGAUCGCCGGAUCAAAUCCCCGUGUUACCUCCAGUUCGGUCGGGCAUCCCUACAGACACAAUUGGCCUCAUCUGCGGGUGGGAAACCGGAUGUGUGUGUGUCCUGGUCGCUGAACUAGCGCCUCCUCUGGUCAGUGGGGCGCCUGUGGGGGGGGGGGGACUGGGGGAGAAUAGCUUGAUCCUCCCACGCACUCCGUCCCCCUGGCAAAACUCCUCAGUCGGGUGAAAAGAAGCGGCUGGCGGCUCCACAUGUAUCAGGGGAGGCAUGUGGUAGUCUGCAGCCCUCCCCGGAUUGGCAGAGGGGAUUGGCACAGCCACCAGGACAGCUCGGAAAAGUGGGAUAGUUGGCCAAGUACAAUUGGGGGGCAAAAUCCCCCCCCCCCAAAAAAACAUUGUAUGUUAUUAUAUUAUUAUUGUCAGUUGACACCUAUGUCCUAUUGGACUUGAACCUAGUUUUUUGGCACUUUCCUGCAUUGAUGUCUCCUGACUAGAUCCUUGCUUGUGUUGUAUGUAUGUCUCUUUGGAUAAAAGCGUCUGCUAAAUGAAAUUGUAACAUUGUUGUUAUUGUCAUUGUUGUCAUCCACUGAGAGGCUCUGCUGGGAUAAUUAGGGCUGGGUGCCUCAGCAUUAGACAUCUGGGUACUCCAGUAUUUUUUUUUUUUUUUUAAGGCAUUCAAACUAGGGCUGGGUGGUCCAUCGACUUUUUAUGUUUUAUCGAUAUAUUUUCAAACAAGCUGUAGGAUGAGAGAAUACUGUUUAUAUCGAUAUAGUUUGAUAUUGCGUUAAAAUACAUAACCCGCACUGGAACGACCGGGAUUUCACUCCCACCUAAAACGACCAAGGGCGGUCAAAUUGACAGCCGGCCAGUUUUUAAACUCUAUAUUCUGUCAAGAUAAAUACCCAAUUGAGAUAUUAAUGCAUUGCAUAUGUUAGUAUGUCUGUUAAGAAACUGACACCAAAAUGAACAUUUUAACAACUUUUAAUACUAUUUUUCAAACAUUUUAAAAUGGCCGCCUGUAAAUACUGCAACGCCUCGGUGGUAGUCGUCUGAAAUGGCGCCUGUAACCAGACAUGUUGGCAAUAAUCAAAAAUCAAAUUUAGAUUAUUUCUCUGCACUGGAGAACGCUAGUGUGUUUCUAGGACAGAGCAAUGAACUUCACGAAGGAAAUGAUGUGACCAAAACACGUCAUAAUUAGUGACAUGACACGCACAAUCACACGCAAAUUACGAGACGGUCAUUUUGACCGUAUAUGGUCGUUUUAGGUAGAUCUUAUAACUCUUUUGUGCAAUUGAUCUAAAACUCAAUUUAAAUACAAAUACAUGCAAUUUUAGGAGAAUUCAUGGAGCGGCAGGUCUGUAUCUCUUUUUUCUCACGAAGUUAUUAAACUUUGAAAAUUCUCAGAGAUAGGCCUAUUUUUAUUUAAU